CAGCACAGAAAUCUGUUUAGAGGUUUUCUCAGGCUUCAGGUCCUCACACACUCAUUGCCCUGUACUUGGAAACAGAACUCAAGAAUGGGAGUACUUUUAACCUGAACAAUUCAUUAUGUGGCCUCCUAAACAGUUGCCCUAACCCAAUUGAGAAGAUUAUACUGAAGUGAGGGUGGAGUUUUACAAACCACUGUCAAAGUCUCAGAAGUUGUUGAAAGGUUUCCUGCAGCCUGAAAUGAUGGAGACCCUCAUAUAAAGGACACCUCAAAUUUACACCUGAGGAAUAUUGCUUAAUAGGUACUAAUCUGAAGCAAUACAUUGUAUGGUAAAACUUUUGACAGACAACCAACCUUCUAACACCCAGAGAGCAUUUAAUUUUUGUCCAAUCAAAACCACCUAAUGUCACUGCACAUGCUACAAUGGAAACUCUAAGACAAAUACAAAGUUUUGGUAUCUGUGUUUCCUAUACGUAUCCUAUAGCAUCUGGUAUGGUGUUUGCCACUCUUCUAGUUUCUUGCUGCUCAUCUCUGAACAUAAGAGCUCGUCCACUUGUUCCUAAAUCACCCUUCCUUUCUAUCUGGAAUGCUCCUACAGAGCUUUGUACUGAAAGGACUGAAGUACAGCUGGACAUGAAUUUUUUUUCUUUCAUUGGAAGCACACUGAAGACAUCCACUGGGCAAAACAUCACUCUUUUUUAUCCAGACAGGCUUGGCUACUAUCCUUACAAAAAUGAAGUCACAGGAGAGGCGUUAAAUGGAGGACUCCCUCAACUCUCACUGCUGGAGAAUCAUUUAAAGAAAGCCAAAGAGGACAUCCAGUUCUAUAUUCCUUCAGAUGAACAGUUUGGGUUGGCUGUCAUUGACUGGGAAAACUGGAGACCUGUGUGGAUAAGGAACUGGGGAUCAAAAGACAUUUAUAGACAGGAAUCCAUUGAACUGGUUCAGCAGAGAGACCUCAGUCUAUCAGAAGCUGAAGCCAGGAUUAUAGCUAAAAUGGAAUUUGAAGCUGCAGCAAAAUCAAUUAUGUUGGAAUCUUUAAAGCUGGGCAUAGAAAUGAAGCCAAAUCGUCUGUGGGGAUAUUACCUUUAUCCAGACUGUUAUAACUAUGAUUACAAACAAAACCCACAUAAUUACACAGGGACCUGUUUAGAUAUUGAAAUAGAAAGAAAUAAUGAGCUCAAUUGGUUGUGGGAGAAAAGCACAGCACUUUAUCCAUCUAUCUAUCUAGAGACAGCCUUAAGAUCUUCCAGAAAUGCCCAGCUCUUUGUUCGCAACAGAGUUCAAGAAGCCAUUAGAAUUUCUUAUGUCUCUAAUUCUACUCACCCUCUUCCAGUUUUUGUAUAUACACGUCCAGUGUUCACAGAUGUCUAUGAGGAAUAUCUCUCCCAGGAUGACCUGGUAAAUACCAUCGGAGAAUCUGCUGCACUGGGUGCUUCUGGAAUUGUGAUCUGGGGUGAUAUGAAUUUAACACAAAAUAAGAACACCUGCAGAACUCUGGACAACUACCUUAGGAGGACCUUGACCCCAUACCUCAUCAAUGUCACAAUGGCAGCCAAAAUCUGCAGCCAGGUAUUAUGCCAAGACUCUGGUGCCUGCGCACGGAAAAAAUGGAAUUCAAGUGACUAUCUUCACUUGAACUCUGAGAAUAUUGUCAUUCAAAUGACAAAGGAUGGAAAAUACACUCUACAAGGGCAGCCAGCAUUUCGGGAUCUGCAAACAUUCAUAGAAAAAUUUGAUUGCCACUGUUAUGCAGGGCACAGUUGUGAAUCCAGAGCUGAUAUAAAUGACAUCCAUUACCUCCAUGCUUGCAUUUCAGAAGAUAUUUGCAUUCAGAUAUCCUCAAAUGCACUUUCUAACAUAGAAGACUCUGAAGAAAUGAUCCUGUCUAACAGAACUGUAUUUUCGUUUACCUCUCAGAGUAAGGUGACAUUAUCUACAUAUCCUGAAAUAGAAGAUUUCCAAUCUACUUUUGGAAACAAUAUACUCAAUAUAACAAUUCCAGAACAUAGCACUGUCACAUCUGCGACUAGAUAUGACUUCGAAGCAAAUGAUACCCGUACUUCCAGUAGCUCUUCAUCCUAUAAGAUAAGGAUGUUUAAUCUGUUAAAUUUAAUUCUAAUUUUGAGAACAUUAAUACAAAUGACCUGUGAAAGUGAGAAUAUUCUUUUCUCUGGCUGUGUUUGAAAUUCUGAAGGCUUUAUUUAUGAAGAAAAAUCACUCCUGAAAGGCAUAUGGUCUUAUCUGUAUCAGGUAACCUUUUCUAUUGCAUAGGUGAUACUUCAGCUUGAAUGUAUUUCUUCAGUUUAGUUCUAUAAACUAC